UUUAUUCCCAGGAGUGUUAUGACAAAAAUUUGAAAAAUCAAACUAUCUAACAUGACGACCAUUGUUCUUGCAGGACGUGCCGACUCAGAAGAGUUAGCCAUCGCAUACAGCGUUCUUUGGGCUGCGAAGCAGAAGUUUGGCCGGCUCUUUGAGGAUAGGGUCAUCAGAAAAUUGCCCGAUGAUUACACGGUAAGCCGAUUAGAUUUUUGUCUAUACUUUUUUUUUUAAUAAAAAAUACUGUCUUGUCUUAGCCAUGGCUCGAGAACACGUGCAAGGAAAACAACUGGAAGGAGCACAAGGAAGACGUGAUCUCUUGGGUCGAGCUCGGCUUCAAAGGAGGACCAAAAGAUCUCAUAGGAGGACUGGACACAUUCCUUGAAUACAUGUAUGAAACCUACAAGGUCCUGAGGCCGAUUAAAAGAGCGCGGGCUGAAAACGUAGCCAAAAAGACAAUCGACGUAAUUUCCACUUUUCACCUAUGUUCUUUGCAUAACUAAUGAACUUGGCAAAUGAAAUUUGACGAGUAUAUUGAGAAACUGGACAGCUCGAGGCCGAAAAGAUAUUUUGUCAUUACUAUAAUCGGUGCAAGUCAUAAAGCGACUCCAACUUUAAUAUACGAACUUCUCCGGGCCAGAUUUUGCAUCGAUCAACAUGGGACAAUAAUCCAUCUUUACGACGAGGACGAAAGAAAACUUGAAAAACUAAAAGACAAAGUAGAGGAUUUAAAUUAUAUGGAGGGCCUUCUUAAUGCAAGGUCUACCAUUAAGAUGUUCAACGACUUGAAAAAAGCAUUAGAAGGCGUUAGGCUUCUCAUUUUCCUAGGGGAUGAAUCAAAGGGGAAAUAUCAAAAAUUGAGCCGGCAGUUAAGAUACUGUUAUUACCAAUACAAAACUUUGGCCAAAACGAUGGAGCCUUUCCUGAAUGAAGAUGUCCAUGUUGUAUUUACAUGCAUGGACUAUCGUUGUUUCAUCGCCAGUGUGUUCGCUCGUUUUUGUAAUUCAAUAAAUGUGUACAAAGUGGUAGCAAUAACUAGCCACUUAGCUCUAGAGCCAACUUCAUACAUGGCAAAGGCGACUGGUCUUCCUCGUUCACACUUCAAGUACCAAACGAGCAUCGUCUGGGGCUGCGUGGGGCUAAGCCACUGUGUAGAUCUCGCCAAUGGUGAUGUCCUUUACAAUCUGAUGAGGUUCAAGAACAACUUGCCACCUGAAGAUUUCGAAACGAUGGAUGACAUUACAAAAGAGUUCAAGCACGAAUACUGGGGAGAAGACAACUGGAUUCUCAGGAGGCAAGACUAUUUAGUAAAAGGGUUGAAAAACACGUGGUACUAUGUAGGGAGGCAGAAGGAGUAUCUUUUUAUGUACAUGAACACAAAGACAUACAUAUCUCAGAUAAAAGCAACAAUAGACACACUUGAAAGCUGGUAUGAUCCCUGCCCAAAAGACAACCGAUUAUCAGCAGGAAUCAACAGCGAUGGCAAUUAUGGUUUUCCACUUGGUCUAUUUAUGUCUCAACCUGUCUAUGUUGAUAAAAAAACGAGAGAAUGGAGAGUGAAGCCUAAUAUUUUGAAAUCCAAAGAUUUGUUGAAUCUUACCGACCUGGUGCUUUUCCCUUUGAGUCUAAUAAGAAGGCUAGUACAUGGACAUGUCUUUCAAGAGAUUAUUAUUGACCAGGAUUUCUUAAGUUUGGUACAAAUAGGUGACAUUGUAAUUAAGCAAAAAAAAGAACAAGAAAGAUUAGAAAGGGAAAGGUUGGAAAGAGAGCGAUUACUUGAAGAAGAAGGUCUAUUCGAAGAAGAAGAGGGAGAAGAACUAGAAGAAGAAGAAGAAGAAGAAGAAGAAGAAAUGGUCAAUGAAGAAUUUUUGAAUGUCGAAGCUGAGGAGCCCUCACCGCAUGAAACAUCUGAAAGGCAAACAGACUUUGAAGAUGAAUCAGAAGAGGGCAGUCAUGAAGAACUAGAAUUAGAACAUAGUAGAAGUGGUUCACUUGCUCCAGAUAAUGAUCAUGAAGAGGCUGUGGAAGAAGAGUCGCAUGGACCAAACAUUGCUCCAUUUUUAGACGCAACUUACAUUAAUGAUAAAGGAUUGCAGUAUUAUAUAGGGCUGACAGAAAAAUGUGAACCAAUGUUAGACUCAGAAUUAAAUGAAGAGCAAAGGGCGCUACUAAAUUUAAUAAACGAAUUCAGAGGAAAACCAGUAAAAGAGGCAUUCAUUUUGAGGAAAAAAGAAGUUUAUCCACCCAAUGGAGUAAGACCAUUUAAUAGGAGAUCAACAGCAGAUCGUGCUAAAGAUCCUGCCUUCUUGGUUGCUCGUCCAGUUAAAUUUAUAGAAGUGCCGGUUUUGUCGAUUCAGUGGAAGGAAAUUAAAAAAGUUAUCGAAAGGUUGCAGCAGCUUAGAAAAAAGUCUCGAAAACAGAUACUGGAAUAUUAUGCAAACAAAGUCAUGUACAUUUUUAAUAUGAAGGAUAAUAAAAGACAAAUCAAUAAACAGAACGAAUCUUUCAACAUUGAUCCCAUUCUUUCAGAUGAUGAACAAUACCCCGAAUAUGAUAUAACCCAGAGGGUCAAGUCGACGGCCUAUAUGGAUACCUCUUUCCUGUUCAAGUCGGACUUCAACAUAGACUUCCAAGUCCAAGACACGAGGCCGCUACCCAAAGAGUUUACCGAGCCGCAGGACGCCUAUGAAAAGAGGGCUUUCAUAUCCACCUUGCAAGCCGUGGAGGAUUAUGCAGAGAAAGUGUACCAUAAAAAUGCAAAAUCCCUUCAUGUUUGAAAAUAAAUCUUAUUGGACUGAUA